CCGCCUCCCGCCUCCCGCCUCCCAUGCCCUUCUUCCUCCUCCUCCCUCCGCCGCUGCGCCAUCUAUACUUCUGCCAACACGUCCGUGGCCAUGUCCGACGCAGAGAUGCAGCCGCAGAAACGCGGCCUGCCGACCCAGAUCCGGAGAGCUCUCAAGGCCCUCUCCCCUGUUCAGUGAGCCCAAGAAGGUAUUAUCUUGCCCAUAUGCAAUUUGGAUUCCAAGAAUUGCAUACAUUGUUUCAUAUGAGACUUAGUGAACAUAUCUACAACUUGUUGCUUGGAGGGUAUGCACGAGAGCUGUAUGGUCUUCCGGUGACGAUGAUGGUGUUCGGAAUCACAAUCAACCUCAAUAUCUCAAUAUCUUUAGUUUUAUGAAAUAUUCAUCAUGAACUAUUUGGAUUGCACUUUUGGUGUUUACCAUAAAGAGGGCAAGUGAUGCAAUAGUGAAUCCCAUAUUAACUAAUAAUGAUCGAAGCCUACAAUUUU